AUGGUGGAUCUUCGCUAUGAGACUGUUGUUGAAAAAAACUAUCAACGUUAUGAAAUUGAAGGGUACAAAGAUUUAUGUUAUAUAAGACAUAAUAGUGGUGUUAUUGUUAUUACUCUUAACAAAAAUCAUGAAGCAAUGAAUGAGGAAAUUGUUAAAGUUGAUUGGGAUGUAAAUAAAAGAGGUGCUGAUAAAAUAAAAAGUAAUGUCUCCGGAAAAGGAAAAAAGGGGGCUAGAAAUCUUUUUCCUGAUACAAAAUUAUGUAUUAUAACAACUAAAAGUGAUAAAAAAUAUCCAUUAAAGUUUGGUAUGAGAGCAAAUUGUAUAGAAGUAAAUGAUAGGUUAGAAAAUGAUCCAGAUUUGGUACGAAAACAUCCUGAAAAUCAUGGUUAUUUAGCUAUUGUUAUGCCAACCUCUGAUGAUAAACGUUACUUACCAAAAGUUUUUAAACGUGAAUAA